ACUAGCUAUUGUCUAAAUGUUUUAGUGUGUCAUCGUGCAGAACGUGAUCAACAGUGUCUUUGAUCAACAUUAUCCAGUUAUUUACAUGUGAUGCUAAAAGUUGGCCUUGCAUAACAAGCUAUCAUGCCGGAGAUUCCCGUUGUUGACCUGUCCAACAUGGAGUUACAUCAAGGCCGCAUCACGAAAGAAUUAGAUGAAGCAUUCUUCACGGUCGGAUUCGUCUAUUUGAAAAAUCACGGAGUAGAUCAAAAGAAGGUGGAUAAUGUGUUUGAAGCUUCUAGAACAUUUUUCCAGCUGCCGGAAGACAUCAAAAAAGGUUAUCCUCGAGAUAAUGAGAGUUUCGACGGCUACACGGGGAGAGAUCAGGAGAUCUUGGAAGACAGCAGCAUUCACGAAGUCCGUGAAGCUUACGACGUCACAUCUCCAACUGGACUCUAUCCCGACGACAGCGUUCCUCAAUUCCGUCCAGCUGUUUGCGAAUUGGCCCAAUCACUUUGCCAGUUGACCAUCAACUUGUUGAAAUGCAUGGCACUUGGCCUAGGAUUAGACGAAGAUUAUCUAAGCAGCCGACAUCAGCACAUAUUUCAUGGCGUGGAUAAAAAUGGAACGAUAUUACGUUGUCUUUACUAUCCCUCAUUAACUGGAGAUGACAUUCAGCCUGGUGUCGUCAGAUGUGGAGAGCACUCUGAUUACGGCACAGUCACUUUUUUGCACCAAGAUGAUAUGGGAGGAUUAGAAGUGUUGUCGGGAACUGAAUGGGUGCCAGCCGAUCCCAUUCCCGGAGCUUUAUUGGUAAAUCUAGGAGAUUUAAUGCAAUUUUGGACUUCAGAUCGUUAUCCUGCUACUGUUCAUCGAGUUCGGAUACCUGAAAUGGAAAUACGUCGCCGUUCACCACGUCAGUCAAUCGCAUUUUUCGUGCAACCCGAUAAUGGCGUUAUGAUCUCUGCGCUGGACGGGUCGGAAACACAUCCACCUGUUGAAUCUUUGGCGUAUUUGAAACUCCGCUUGUCAGAGACGUACAAGUAUUAAAAUUUAUCAAGAAAUGAAAACAUAAAGUGUCUAAGCUUCAGUUUUUCGUUAUCAGUAGGUAACCGCUAUCGCUUUUCUUUUAGUACGUGAAUGGCUAUAUAGCCAGACCAACCUGCGUGUAUUAUGUGGCAAACUGCCACAAGUACAGCUCAGC